AUGGCUGGCGGGCACCAAUUGACAAAGACUCUCCUGCAGUGGUUCGACAUUGCUUCCGUUAUAUACGGCCUUGCUAUUUGCUUGACCAAGGUGUCCGUACUAUGCCUUUACCGACGAGUGUUCUCACCAGUGAAAUGGAGCGUCUUCGAUAAUAUCAUUAUUGGACUGAUAACCGUGAUGAUAUGUUUUUACCUCAGCACAGAUUUUGCAAAGAUUUUCGAGUGUACACCGAGGGCGAGGAUAUGGGACAAAAGCGUACCAGGAACUUGCAUUGACGAAUCUGUUUUGCUUGAUACGAGCGGCUUUUUCAACACGAUAACCGACUUCAUCAUUCUGGUAUUGCCGGUACAUUCAGUUAUAAAAUUACAGCUCAGUCAGGUGAGAAAGCUGCUAGUUAUUGCAGUUUUCACCUUUGGUCUCUGUGCCCCCGUGUUCAGCACCAUCGGAUUGGUCGUCCGGUUUAAAAUCAGCGGCAGUCCAGACAUUACCUGGAAUCAGCCUGAAAUUCUUCUUUGGGGAGCUGCCGAAGUCACAUCCGGUUUCCUUAUUGUUUGCUUCCCCGAAAUGUCCUUCCUAGUCAAUCGACGAUCUAGAAAGAGGAACUAUCCACGCCGACCUACCAUCGACAUAUCCUCUGGAACGGGGGGUGUCAACUCGCGCAACAAGGUGCGUAGCCAUGGGGACGAAUUGACAUACUACGAACUUGACGAUGAUGUCGUGUAUGGUGUCCGAGUUAGCCCAUCUGGAAGUAACUUGAGAUUACAUGAACCGGCGCAUGGCACGGUGCAGGUCCAUCACGAGAUUACGAUUCAGUCAAGCAAAAAAGAGGAAAUUAUAACGGUGAAUGGACAAUGA